AUGAGAUCAACCCUGCUUGUCCUAAUUCUUUUUGUGGUAGCAACCUUCGUCUCCUCCUGCGACAAGUUCCAGAAGAAUGUCAACCUGUUUUGCAAAUUUCCUGGUGAAACGGAGCCAUGUCUGACCAAAAAUGCAAAGUCAUUCGAAUCUUCAUGCUGUUCACGCCCAGGAGGUUGUAGCUCAAUGGAAUUCCCCAAGGAUAAGGUAUGCUGUUUCACACAAGCUUGUCUCGAUCGUUGCUAUCCAGGGAAAGGGCAUCGUAUGGGAACUGUCUACUAAAGAUUACUACUUGGAUUGACUACACAGGACAAGAUUUACCAUUUUUUGGAGUUUUCAUACUUAUCGCUUCAGUUAUUUUGCUUUUAUUGUUCCACUUGUUUGUAGUUUUGAUCACAAAUCAGUGUUAAGUUUCAUAGGAAUAAAGUUCUAACUAUUUCACACUAACAUGGUGGCAAAGUUCGCUCCUAAUUAGCUUUAGUGAACUGAAACGAAACCAUGAAGAAUUUUCUCAAGAACAUCAGCUACCUUUUCUAAACUGAGUCCUUUGUGAUCAUCUGACAUGAG